AUGGAACAACAAGACAGUUCGCCACCCAGAUUCAGAAACUCUGGCUCCACCAAAGCCAUUGUAUACAACAGCAGCACACUACCCACAAUGCCUAAGAGCGACACACCCACAUCAAGUUCAACAACGGUUACCACGCAUUUACAGAAUAUUAAAGAAGAGGAGAUCAACGAUGACGAACUUACUCAAGUAGACCGCUCUUCCCCUCGUGUCUUAGGAAGGAUCUCCUCUACAUCUUCGUCUUCAUCCAAUAUUGAUUUGAACGAUAACUUGAAUAUGUUACACGAUAUAGGCAAAUCUACUACCAACCUUUCUUUAUCAACUCCAAAUUUACAUGAGGAAAUGGGCAUUCUCAGCGAUAAAGGUAACAGCAAAGAAGAGUUGGCUUUGUUGCCACCAUUGCCCCACACUGGUGAAUUGGAAAUCACACCACAAUUUGAUAUCAACGAGGUUAUCUUUGAACGAGAUGACAUAAGUCAUUCCUCAAAGCUGGAAACAGAUGAUGUGAUAGCGAAUUUAGCCAACUCAACCCAAGAUGCUAUUAGAGAAGAUCAGCAAUUUCCUAUCGUUGCACAUGGUCACAAUAGUUCGAUAAACGACGAUUCCCAGUUAAGUGCUACUAUUCUUGACAACCAAACGUCAUUCGAUCUUUCUAAAGCUUUGGAGAUGACUAGCCAUUCAAAUAUUUCCAAUAUUAUAAAUGGACCUGGAUCUGAAGGAAGAACUUCAAGUACUCCGAUAAGCAGUGCCACUUUAAAACCAUAUUUACCAUCUCCUGCAAGUGGAGAAGGUGAAGAAAAUACCACUCCAUCUUCCUCUACGUCCGAUCGUGCCGCUGCUAUACAGUAUGAUCCCAAUAAAAUUAUAAAUCCCAUCUCGGUUUCACCUUCUAUUUUUGAGCAACAACAGAACAAUGUGCCCUCGAGGGAAAGAAGUAGGUCCAAUUCCAGUACACUAGCAUCUACAUUGAGAGGUACCAUUAUCUCAGGAUUGCCUCAAAACAAUAGUUCUAUAGAAAGAAAUUUAUCAAGAAAGAGUAACAGAAGUAGGAAAACUACAGUAACUUUUGAAGAACGUCUCCAAAAAUUGCCACCGUUGAGCACCCAAUCGUCGAGUCAAUACGCUAAGGCAGUAUUAAUUGAAAAAAACAUUGGUUCGCACAUUAGUAAUGCACCUACACUGGUACCAAGCUCACAAAUGCCAGUAACAUUUCAAUCUGAAUCUGCACUAACAGGUGAAGGGAAGAGAAUGCCUUUUUUGAGAAGAGCCUCUAGUGCGCUAUUGAGAAAGACGUCUGUCAAGAAUGGCUACAGCCUAACCAGAACAAAUACUCCUACUUCGUCUGCAUUUCAAACAAUUGAAUCGGAACUAAAAGAUGCACAACAUCCUUUAUUAAUUCGACGAUCUUCGAACAUUGAAAAUAAACAAUCUAGGAGACAAUUAUCAUGUUCAAAGUUUCAUGUGCGUCCGGAUUCAGAUCCCAAGUUCGUGAACAGCAAUGGGGCUACCGAGGACGCCUUACGUUCCACUUCAAAUAAUGUCGAACACGUCUAUAGAAAAACGUCCCUGGGUUCUAAAAUCAGAAGAGGUUUCACAAGAAUAUUGAGCGAUACUAAUAGUAGUAAGGAGGCUCUCACUUCAUCGCCCAAGUCCAUAGCUACUGUGUGCCCUACAGCAUCACCUUUGUCCUCUUUAGCAACAGUGAGAAGUAAUCCAAUAACGCCAUGUUCUAAAGAAAAAAAUCGAGUUUCAAUAGACAGCGUGAGCACAGUCAACAGAACAUCCACAUCCUUCCCACAGUCAUCUACAGACUUCAUUACUUCCUCACAUGAAGAAUCCCAAACUAUUCUUCCCAAAAGAUCAGCAAGUAGAAAAAUUUUGUCUAAAAAUUUAAGUAAGAAAAAUUUUCUACCUGAACUGCAAACAAGGGAAAGUGAGAUAUAUUUAGAUAGAGAAGCGUUAAACAAUUUUGUUCCAGUGCUCUCUGUUACAGAGGAUGCGCAUCGUAUCAAUCGUUCAUCUUUACAAACACAAUCUACCAUCGGAUUAUGCAUUAACAAUUUAAAAAACAAAGAAGGCUUAAAACUCGAUGCCAAAGAAUAUGUGGGAAUUCUGACUGAACAACAACGUAAGGAAGAUGAAAGAUAUGCCAUUUUGGAAAAGAGAUUUGCAUCUUGUACAUGGUGCAGUGACAAGGAUCUGCAGCACUUGAAAAAGAAGCGAAUUUCCAUGAACAAGAUAUGGUCUGACUAUGUCCGAUUUUACCGCGGAAAGUUGAAUAGCCCAUAA